UUGGAUGUCGAGGCAGGAAGGUGCGAGCGCUGGACGAGCGUUGAGCUCCUGUAAAUGCGCCGCAGUAGUUGAGAGCCCGACAGUCACCUGCCGUCAUGGAGUUGUAGUGGAGUACUUUCAGGCUCAUGACGGAGUGGAAAGGGAGCCACAGUUGCUUUUACCUCGCUGCCUUCGCAAACAACUUUCGAGUGUCUUGAGAAUCGACGUAUUUAUGUUUAUUUAUAUUUAUUUAUAACACGCGUGUUUCGUAUCUCGAUUGCACUGAAUUGUACGCCCCGAUGCUUUUACAUCAGUUCGUGAAUGGGACGUUGGAAACGAUGUAUCCCAGUAUUCAGAAAGACACGACUUUCACGAAGAUCUUCGUGGGCGGUUUGCCGUAUCACACCACGGACGCGUCGCUCCGAAAAUACUUCGAGACUUUCGGAGACAUCGAUGAAGCCGUGGUGAUAACGGACCGACAAACGGGGAAAUCCAGAGGAUAUGGCUUUGUUACUAUGCUAGAUAAAAGUGCAGCUGAGAGAGCUUGUAAAGAUCCAAACCCUAUUAUUGAUGGACGCAAAGCUAACGUCAACCUGGCAUACCUCGGGGCCAAACCACGCAGCCCACUGACAGGAUACUCUAGUGGAGUACAGCAGGUUCACCCAGCUCUGAUCCAGAGGCAGUACGGGCUCAGCCAGCCAUAUGUUUACCCUCAGGCCUUCCUGCAGCCCAGUCUGGUUCUUCCGGCUCAGGUCACCUCCACCGCAACGAUCCCUUACUUUGACUUCAGCUCUGCCUACACCCAGUAUGCCUCCUCGGCCUUCGAGCAGUACCCCUAUGCCCCCUCACCAGGCUUCCUGAGCUAUAUGUACCCUCCAGGCACCCCUGGCCCUUCCUCCACCAAUUCAACCCCCAUUACCACCCCCCUCUCGGUCGGAGGCGCCCCCACUGCAACCUUCAUCCAACUCCCUCCUCAUCAGCUUCACACUGACCGCCUGUAGAACAGGGGCUGACUGAGUAUGCUGAAAUUGCACUAGAACAUCAUCAUUAUGGGACAGGGAAUUGUGAGAUCAUCAGCCUGUGACCAGUGAGCUACAGAGUAUACACUGGGGUCUCAUUUAAAGGGCUUCAAGUUUUUCUUCUAUUUGUGAUCCCUUAAUUUAAGAUUUUUUCUCUGACAGGUUACUGUUGUUAUUAUUAUUAUUUUCAUUAUUGGUAGAAGAUUGUUAAAUAACCAAUAUUAGAUGAUUGAUGAGAGUAAAUGGUGGAUUGCAAGGAUUGUACAGCAGUUGGAUCAAGAGAACGAUAACAUUUCACAAGGUACAGUGAUGUGAAAUCAACUGCUUCAUACAGUGGCGCCAAAACAUAUUUAGACUCUUAAGCGGCACUUAAAAAUGUAUGAAUGUCAUUGCAAUAUACAGGGCUGUUUCUGAGCAUAUGGGGACCCUAAGCGAAAUCCUACUUGGAGAACCCCGCCCCCUCCCCAAACCCACCAACUUCGUACAUCCACUAAAAUCACCUUGACACAAGUUGAAUAAAAGUCUUUGUAAAAAAUAACUGAGAAUAUACUUCAUGCAUUCUUAAGUGUUGCUCAAGUGCCCAAAUACUUUGUGGGUACACAGUAUAUUAGAAUGCCAGAUUCAUUGGAGGCAUUUUCUGUAAGUGUGCUGAAUGGUGUUAUUUCACAAACACUGCAGUGUGUUCGAGAAACACGGCAAAUCCAUAAAACUGAAACCUCUGCAGGAAUAUCUGUUAAGCACAAAGCCUUAGAGACUAUUUCCUAUUUCUUUCCUUUACAUAGCUGUUCUUUUAAAACAAAUGUGCUUCCCUCCGGUUGACCAAAAUCAUGUGAAUAUUUUUAACCAGACUUUUUUCCAAUAUCUUUUCUAGAGAUGUAGCAUUUCAAGCGGAUAUAUAAUUCUUCUUAUCUCUGUGUACUGCCUCAAUUUCCAUAGUUUCACUGUCCUUAAGAUUCCUUGCAAUCUUAAGUAGCUAGUUCCACAUAUAUUAUAAUGAUGUUAAUCCAGAAUCCAGUAAUACAUUGAUUUGAGAGUCACUGUAGCAUGCUUGUGAUUAUAAAUAUGAGGAAAUGGACAUUGAAAAAUUUAGUAUUAAUAAUUUUCUGAUUCAGUCUCAACCGUGAUGCUUUUUAGAUCAUGUUUAGGCCUAUACUUCAUAUACUAAAAGGACAAAAGAAAGAGUAUUGUGUUGUUUAAGUGAAAAAUGUCAGUGUAAACUCUGUUGGUGGUUGCUUUGGGUAUUGCUUCACAAAUGACACUACAGGACAAAAUGCCAGCAGGAACAUACAAGACAGAACAUACAGGAAGACAAAAGAGUCAGUCUUGAUUGAGUGGACGUUCGGACAGCAACCAAGAGGACAUAUCGCCAGGACAAUCUGUUCGUUUUGACAAGAACAGUGUUGUAAUUAUCUGCCCUGAGACCAUUUCAAUAACUCAAAAUCUGAAAAGACCUUAAAAUUAAAGCCAUAAGACCAGAACAUGCAUAACAAUUAAUAAAUUAAUUUUCAAAACUGAG